AUGGAGAACACACAGCAAGAGUUGUAUAGCGAUUACCCGGAAGACACGCAAAGCACAUCCCAACGCGAACGCGACACAUCAUCACCCAGCUCCUCCACCUCGUCCACGACCAUCAAGCCGCUACCCUCAAUACCGCACAUAGUCCCCUACACAGACGAGGAGCCCUACCGCGAUGACCCAACUGCACAUGCACCCACACCCACAACAUCUUCUGCCCCUCCACCACGCACUCACAUACCAGAAUACCUCCAGCCGUCCCGAGAACCCCCGCGAUACCAACCCUACAGCGACUCGCCGCCUCCCACGCCAGCAGCGGGCGAUGUACCCCUGGCGAACCUCCUAUAUACGCAUACCUAUUCGCACUCGACCGAGACUUCAUGGCCGCUCAUAGACGCGUCGUAUCCGGCUGAAGCGCCGCCGUCGUAUGCGAUUGCGGUUAGGCAGUCGUACCGCGAUACGCUGACGCUGUAUCUACCGGGUCCGCAGCAUGAUUCCGAUGAGGAGAGUCAGGCUGGUGCGGAUUACAUGGGUGCGGAUGAUAUCCGGCAUAAUGUGGAGAAGGUGGUGGCUAUGUUUGUGGUGGCUAUGAUGUUGUUGGUUGCGUCUGGUGUGUUGGGGUGGCUUGCGCUUGGGAGUGGGAUAGUUUGA